ACCACCACCAUUUCACAUACCUUUCUUGUCUUACAAAUCUUUAUCUUUUUUUCUCCCCAAGUUUAGCAUAUCUUUUUCCUCCUUAACCACCAAGGAACUCAUCCUCUACUUAUUAUAACAAACUUCCACACAUAUAUAUUACUCUUAUCAUUAGUUCUGUUAGUUUGAAACACAAGAAAAUAGCUAAGAGAAGUGAAGUUAGAAACUCAAGAUAUGGGAGCUGAUUGGGGACCAGUGAUUGUUGCUGUUGCUUUGUUCAUUUUCUUGUCACCAGGGUUGCUGUUCCAGUUUCCAGCAAGGUUUAGGGUUGUGGAAUUUGGUAACAUGAGUACUAGUGGAAUUUCUAUUCUCAUUCAUGCUAUUAUAUAUUUUUGUAUACUUACUAUCUUGAUUAUUGCUAUUGGUAUUCAUGUACACUUUAACUGAAUCCAAAUUUACCUUGUUAGGGUUUUUGGAGUAUUAUUUCUUGGGGUACAACUUUUUUAAUUUGCAAGUUGUUUUUUUU